AGGGUAUUCCUUGGACAGGAUAAAUUAACAGGAGAUUUGGUAGCAGUAAAGGAAUUAAAAAGAAAAAACAUUGACAGUGUUGAAGGUUUGAAAGAACUUAUUGAUAAGGAAUUGAAAAUUUGUAAAUUAUUAUCACAAUCCCUAAAGGAUGGUGAAUCACAUAUUGGAAAAAAGUAUAUUUGUAAAAUAUAUGAUGUAAUUGAUACAGAACCCUUCCAUUAUAUUGUAAUGGAGUAUUUAGCUAAUGGAUCACUUGAGAAUCCUCUUGAGGAAAGAGAAACAUUCCCACCCGAAGUUGCAAAGAAAUAUAUCAAACAGUUAUCCUAUGCACUUGAUUAUAUUCAUAGUACACUAAAUAUAUGCCAUCGUGAUAUUCAAUUGGCUAAUUUAUGUUUGGAUGCACAUGGAAAUAUCAAGCUUGUAGAUUUUGGAUUGAGUGAUUUCUUUACCAAAGAGGCAACAACUCAUAAUUCAUUUUGUGGAAAUUAUGCAUCUCCUGAAAUGAUUUUAGCGACUAAAUAUAUAGGAUACGAGGGAGAUUGUUAUGGAAUGGGACUUUUAUUGUAUAAAUUAUUAUCAGGAUUUUUCCCAUUUCGUUCAAGUGUAGAUAAGAUUGUAGAACAAUACUACAUUCCAUUGGAUGAAUUGGAAAGGGAAGGUACAUUGAAUGAAUCCAGUAUAUCCUUAAUUAAAGGUCUUUUAGAAAAAGAUCCUUGUAAAAGAUUAACAACAAAAGAUGUCAUUAAUCAUGAAUGGUUACAA